AUGACCGCUAGAAACGUUUCCGUGGACGGCAGUGAGGUAACAGGAAGGGGAUGGGGCCAGGUCAACUAUGCCCAAGAAUGGAUCACCUACUCCCCUGCGGACGUCGCUAGCAUCUACAACCGCAUUCCUGGAGCUCAGUUGCCGUGCAACACAACCUCGGUGGUCCGCUUCAAGAUUUCCUCUCCCGCCCGCCUCGAAGUUCCCCUCCCACCUGCCGACUUGAUUUCCUCCACAAUUCCUGACCAGCCGGGAAUGUGUGUUGGAUCCAUUGUGGCAAACACUCACUCGGAUGAGUGGGCGUUCGGAUCCGCCUUCCUCAAGAACGUCUACGUCGUGUACCAACGGAGCAAGGAUGGUAUCUAUGGCGACAACCCGUCCAAGUUCGGUAUUGCGGCCCUGUCCGCCGAGGAAAAUCUGUAUACUGACGGCUCGCCCGUUCCGUCCGACCUCUCUGCUAAAGCGUGGAGUGGAGGUAUGCGUCAGAACCGUCUCAGUACUGGGACCAUUGCGAUUGUGGCGGUAACGGUGGCGGCUGCAGUGUUGAUGUAG